UAAAAAAAAUAAGACUUUGACAUUAGUACCUAAAUAUAUGUACGGCUCGUAGAUCAAAAGAAAGGCUAGAAAAAGGGCUGGCUACGCAAGCUUGGCUUGUUUUUAUUUAUUUUAUUAAUAAUAAGAGUAAUAACCCUAUGACACCAAAUUAUAUUUUAUUUAUUUAAUUUAUAUAUAUUAUAUGAAAGUCUUAUAAGUGUGGCAAUGGCGAGCAGUAUGUCCCAGCCCUCAUCAGAAUCAGUUCUCAUUGAGAUUGAAAUUAAACCAGAAUCAGACUACAUCGCUCAAGAGGCCCCGGUUGAGAUUGAAAUAAAGCUGGAACCAGUUGAUGCUCCGCCGGACUUUGGAUUUCCAACGGAGACUGAGUUAGUUUCACAUGAGCGGAUUUCUUUGUCUGUGAUCAAAGUGGAACCUAAUUCAGAUGAUGAAAUAAAAUAUGAGGAAUCGUGUGGAUCUUCGAAGCUGUCAGAAGUUGACCCGUUUAACAAUAUUGAUACGAAAUUGGAGACUCGUGAAGGUUCCAUAUGCCAAGGACUGGAUACAGAAACGUAUAUGAGAAUAGGUGCCUCCUCAGGACAAUCGAAGGUAGCUGACAAACGAAGACAACCUAAAGUCAGAACAUCCGAUAGCGAGUCUCAGGAGUCCACCACUCAGACUGCUCGGGGACUGCAGUGUGAUGUUUGUCAGCGGCAGUUUAGGAGAACUGGGGACUUGAAAGUACAUUCCAGAAUCCACAUUGGGGAGAAGCCACCGAAUUGUGAAGUGUGUCACAAAGAGUUUAGUGAUAGGAAACAUUUGUUAAUACACAUGAAAAUACAUACGAGCGAAAAACGCUUUCAGUGUGAAGUGUGCCAGUACCGGUGUCUUCGUAGGUUCGAUAUGUUAAGGCAUAUAAGAACUCACGGUGGAGAGAAACCUUUUAAAUGUGAACUAUGCCCACUUCAGUCUAAUCGCAAAUCAGAAUUAUUAAAACACAUGAGAGUUCACACUGGUGAGAAACCAUAUCAGUGCGAGGUGUGUCAGUACCAGUGCAGAAGGAAAUUUGAUUUAACACGACAUAAAAAAAUUCACUCCGACGAGAAACUUUUUGAGUGUGGAGCUUGUGAAUACCGGUGUAAUAUGAAAUCCGCUUUAUUCAGACACAUGAAAUUGCACACUGCCGAGAAACCGUUUCAGUGUGAACUGUGUCCGUACCAGACUGAUCGUAAAUUGGAUUUAUUACAACACAUAAAAAUUCACACUGGUGAGAAACCUUUUGAAUGUGAAGUGUGCCAGUACCGGUGUAGUCGUAGAUUCGAUUUAUUGCGACAUAAAAAAACUCACACUGAUGAGAAACCUUUUAAAUGUGAUGUAUGUCAAUAUCGGAGUAAUAAUAAAUCCUCUUUAACAAGACACAUGAAAUUACACACUGGCGAGAAACCAUUCCAGUGUGAACUGUGUCAAUGGUCAUUUAGAAUAAGAAGUCAAUUAGUACAUCACAUAAAAAUUCACAAUGGUGAGAAACAUUUGCAGUGUGAAAUGUGUGAAUACCGGGCUUAUCUGAAACACGAUUUAAUAAAACACACGAGAACUCACACUGGCGAGAAACCAUAUCAAUGUGAAAUUUGUCAGAAGGCAUUUAGAGAAAAGGGUACUUUAACAAAACACAUAAAAACUCACACGGGUGAGAAACCAUUUCAAUGUGAACUGUGUCAGUACCGGUGUAUUCAGAAAUACGAAUUAUUGAGACACAUAAGAACUCACACGGGUGAGAAACCAUAUCAUUGUGAUGUGUGCCAAAAAGCAUAUAGUAAAAGAAAAAAUUUAAAACGUCAUGUGAGAACUCACCUCGAUGAGAAACCUAUUAAACUGCCAGUGGCGAGCGAUAUGUCUCAAACUUCGUCAGCUUUCAUUGAGGUCAAAAUUGAGCCAAUUGAGAUCGAAAUAGAGCUGGAGCCAGUUGAGGCUCCGGCCCCCAGCGGUGGCGCGCCUCGUGAGCGGGUGGACGUCAAACCUGAACCAGUAGACACUGCUCUAAUUGUGAUCAAAGUAGAACCACAGUCAGAGGAUGAAAUAAAAAGUGAGGAAUCAUGUGAUGCUUCCUCAGUCCAAAUGUUGAUAUCUGACAAACGAAAACUAGCUGCAGCCAGAUCAACCAACAGGAAACAGAGCAAGUCCCAACCAGAGUCAACCACUCUCACUACUCCAGGUCUCCAGUGUGAUGUUUGUCAGCAACGGUUUGAGCAUAGUAAUGACACGAUGAAGCAUUAUAGAACUCACACUGGCAAGAAGUCUUUUCCAUGUGAAGUGUGUCAAAAGGCAUUUAGUAAAAUACAAAAUUUGAUAAGACACAUGAGAACUCACACUGGUGAGAAACUUUUUCAAUGUGAAGUGUGCCAAAAGGCGUUUAGUGAAAGAGGUACUUUAACAAAACACAUGAGAACACACACUGGUGAGAAACCAUUCAAGUGUGAACUGUGUCAACACCAGUUUAAACAUAAAUUUGCCUUAUCAAGACACAUACGAACUCACACUGGUGAGAAACCUUUUCAAUGUGAGUUGUGUCAAAAUACAUUUAGUGAAAGAGGUAAUUUAAUAAAACAUAUACAUAGAAUUCACACAGGAGAGAAAUCUUUUCAGUGUGAACUGUGUCAAAAGGAAUUUAGUGAAAAAGGUGCUUUAACAAAACAUAAAAGAACUCACACCGACGAGAAACCUUUUAAUUGUGAACUGUGUCAGAAGAAAUUUCGUGAAAAAGGUGCUUUAACAAACCAUAAGAGGACUCAUACCGGAGAGAGACCCUUUCAAUGUGCAGUGUGCCAAAAGGAGUUUCGUGAAAAAGGUGCUCUAAAGAAACAUUUAAGGACUCAUGCUGACGAGAAGCCUGCUUGAUGUGAAAUUGUCAAAAAGCAUUUAAAACAAGACUAGAUUGUGUGGUUAUUAAACUUUAUUUAAAAGGCAUAUGACACAAUUUUUCUUUACUAAAAGCUGACCACCUGAGCCACUCAACUUUUAGUAAAGAAAAAUUGUGUCAUACACUCUUAAGUGAAUCUCCACAUAAGGCAGACCAAACCACAACCUAAAAAAGACACAGUGUGAUGUUUACUGAUGAUGGUUUAAGUAUGCUUCGCUUAUGAACAGGCUCUAUAGCACAGCACUCACAAUGGUGAGAAGCCUUUUUAAUAAAACUUUCACAUAAAAGUAACUUAUCAGAUUACAUGAGAACUCACACUGGCGAGAACUCAUUUCAAUGUGAAGUGAGUCUAAAGGAAUUUAUAAGUUAUUUUACAAUACAGAUAAUCUCAUAAUAUUGUGAGUGGAUCAGUGUUGUGUCAAAAAGAGUUAAAGGCAUGUUAGACAAGACACGCUUAGCAUACAUUAUUUUUAUUGCACAUUGGUGAGAAACCUUUCAGAUCUGAAAUGUGACAGAGUAACAUUUUGGUUACCCGAUUACAAAUAUUUGGAACUUUUAUCAAGAUAGCUCUCAGACAGGCAGAUGAGGGCAAAGCCUCUCUCGAAUUUCAUAUCCAGAAAUUCCUAUGGUAGUGAUAGUGCCUGGGUGUGAGCUAUCUUUUGAUAGAUAUGAAUUAUAAUUCUCCAGGAUAACAGUGAUUCUAGGUAUAGAUAUGUAAGAAUGCAUUUACCUAUGUUUUACAAUAAAAAUAUUUUUUUUUA